GGGAGAGAGAGAGAGGCAGGAGUGCGACAACUAGCUGUGCGGUGUGGCAAGGACAGAGUAAGUAAACAGGUUAUGGUUAGGCCUCUCAAAGUCAAACAGGAGAUAAACCAAACAAGGUGUACAGUAGUAUGGAAUGACACAGAAUAUAACAGACAUGAUCACAUUAAUUAAGUUUAAGAGGGAUUAGAAGAGACAGGCAGCAGCAUGGAGCUCUCCGACUUCGGCCUGAAGAGGUUGUUCAAUCCUGACAACUCAGAGUACUUACCAAUCGAAGAACAGAUUCAGUAUUACAAGCAGAGGGACCUAAGCCAGACAAAGAAUUACGGUACUUUGCUACGAAUAUGGGGACAACCAAAAUCACGCCGGAGAGUCAUUAUUGCACCUCCUAUGAAUGGAGCAUCGGGGAGAGAGAUGAUGGGUAGGCAUCCAGUUAAAUAUCUAACACCUAUAGAGAAUGGACCAAUAAAACUCGAACCGGAAGAUAGAGCAUUAAGUGAGAAGGAGAAAGCAGAGAAGCAUCAACAUGAGCUUGAAGGCCGAUCAGAUACAUUUCAUAAGUGGCUGGAAGGCAGGAAGAAGUUACGAUCUUCUCUUGACCAAAUGGGCCUGGAUGAAAAUUGGCUCAUGGGUAAAGAUAAAACAGCUUUGGAGCAAAGAGUCUACAAGCAGAUGAAAGAUGCUAGAAUUGCUCUUAUUAACAGUAAAAAGCCUAUGUCAGACAAUUUCAACAAUGAGAAAAAAAUUAUAGAAACAUCAAGUUCCAGUGACGAAGUGAUACCAAAGAUAAAGCAGCCCCCACGAGAAGCAAUGGAGAUCUUGUCAAGGCACCUCGCAGCAAAGCGUGAACGCAUCAUUGAUCUGUUCAGUCGGGCAGACAAGGAUAAAAGCUGGACAAUUAGCAGGGAUGAAUUCAGGAAAUGCAUCAAAGAGGGUAACAUUGAAAUGGCACCUCAGCUUUUGGAAGAUCUAGUUGAAAGCCUUGAUCAAGAUAAUAAUGGUGAAAUCGACUACAAGGAAUUUGCUAGUGGCAUGAAGGAACAUAACAUUGGCAAAAGGAAAUCUCGUAAAGCACGAAACAGAACAACAACGCGUAAAGCUGUUCCAGUAUCUCCUGCCAUCCGCUCUCCUGCAGUAGCUGUGAUUCCACCUAAUGAUCGUGUCCCCUCUGCUGGCUCUUUAUCAUCAAGUAUGUCCCCUAGCAGUAGACGUGGGUCUGUCCUCCUUGAGGUUCCGCUUACGGAUAUCACAGAACAGGUUAAACUUGCUCCUGAUGACUUAUUAGAAAAGAGAAAGCGAGAGAGACACAUCAGGAAAGCGAAAAAGAAGUUGAGUAGAUCAGGUAAGGUGAAGACAUAUAUACCGGCUAUUGAUCAACACUGUCUCAAAUCCACCUUUGAAGGUGAAACCGGUGAAAAUAUUGAUCGUUUCAGAGAAGAACAGCUGAAAGAAUACUACAAAGUGCUCAAACUCUGCGAUAAGCACGAGGUCAACCUCACGCCAAAGCUCCUUCAACAGGCUUUACUUUAUCCUGGUGACAAACCACAUAGAACCAUCAAACUCAAGUCAGCCCCAGGUAAUCCAUUUUCCAGCAAUUUAGCUGACCCUCCAGAGCCAGUCAAACCCCCUGUCAAACCGGUUGACCCCGACAAGGUCAGGGUCAGCAGUACUGGCGAGAUGCUGAUGGAGGCACGACAUACGUACCCAUUUCAAGAUGACGUCAAGCGAGAAAUGCAAAUGAUGAACCUUUCAAGUGGCAAAGCAUUUGUGUCACGAAAGAUCGACUGUUGGAUGACAUUUGAAGAAUAUACUUAUCUAACCAGGCAUCUUUCAAAACGGUACAUCAGCAUGAACCAGACGGAAGACCCAAGCAUCUUCUGGCCUGGACACAUGUUGGACAAACUAUGUAUCUACCUGCCAAGACAUAAGGAAACUCAGUGCCUGUUUUCCUCCACCCACCAAUCAAAACGUAGCAAUCCAGGCUACCAUAACGACCUACAGUCGUGGCCUAUCGGCAACAAUGGAUAUGUUAAAUUUGGAGAUAUUGAACUUUUAAAGUCUUACUCUCUUGAAGGGAGGUGAUUUUUAGCUUCAAGUUUUAAUAUAUUAAUGGAGAUGAGCAUUACUAAGUUUUCAGUAAAAUUUGCCAUUAUGCCAAAACAAAUAGUGCACCAAAAUUGCUUUUAUUAUUAUAGAUAUAUUUCUAUUUUCUGAAAUAUAAUUUGAUAGAUUGUAUAUUUGAAGAAAGUGUAAAUAUUUUCAUAACAGGACAAUUAUAUACUUUAAUAACUUGUGGGUAUAUGCAAUAUUUGGAUGCUGUUGGAAACAUAUUGUUUUAGGCGAGUGAAUAUGCUGGGUUACGAGUGAUUAUGGUAUUAUUCGUACCAAAAAAAGCCAAAAACCACCCAAACUUGGCGAUUCCUUGCCAGUAAAUUAUAUAAAGACACCCACAAGUGUAGCACGAUUUUCAUGGAGGCAAGCGCACGUUCGACUGAAAACAAUACUUGCCUUUGGUUUAGUCCCAUAGCAGCAGGACAUAUCCGGGCCUACUUACCAAAACGGUUUGGUAAUUUAGAUACAGUACGUUUGUUUUUACCAUUAUUACACAGGAAAAAUAUCUGACCUUCUGAGAAUUGACCUAGGGAAAAAAAUUCCAAGCGACAAAUUUCAAUGGUGUAUGGGUCAAAACCAGGGAAAAAUACAACACCCGAAGAUGAAAACAAGAGGGCAUAGUUCAACCCUUUGUUUGUACUAUCCAAGUUGUGGGGUGCAGCAUGGGAAAAAAAAUCAACCCAGGGCGUCUAACCCAGAGGAAAAAAUUUGACACCCAGGGUCUAUGUCAAAACCAGGAAAUAUAUCUGACCUUGUAAAAACUUUGUCUUGAGAAGAGACGCGCACAAAUGGAUGGUUUUUAAUGAAAAUCUGCUCAGUUUGCCAUCCACAAUCAGCAGACUGCAUCUCACUGUCAAGCGCUCACAAAGAGCAAGGUUGAAUUUGUUGGCAAACGCAGUGUCUCUUGAAUUUAAAAACUACUACUACUACUGUGCCAGUAGUCUUCUACAAAAUUAUUGUGAAGCAGAAGCAUUGUAUGGUGCUAAGCAGAUAUUUUACCGAAUCAUUUUACUGCUAUACACCAUUUUCGUCAAAUUUGAAAUGAAAUUUCCGAUAACCUGUCAACCACUAUUGGGGGACUUCCAGAGGCCUAGCAUUUCACUAUACGCAUCAUGGAAUAAUUAAACAAUUUAAUUGCUAAUGAGCACGAAUAUUUUAAAUCUAAAAAAGAAUGAAAUGUUUCUAUUAAAACCAAGUCUUCAAAAGCUAUUUCAAUGUUUACAUGUACAGUAAUUAGCAUGAUGUGUUGUAUACAGCUGCUAUAGCAAGGGUCUAGCGGCGCGAUGUGCUCCACGGUGCUCUAUUUAUAACUAGCCAGCUGCUCAGGCUAGGUUGCUGGAAGUCACCCAGUGAUUUGUGAGACAUUGAGACAAUGGUCUAUUGCAUGCAGUGUUUAUAAACAGUUGACCACAGAAAUGAAAUAAAGGGGAAACAAGUCAA